AUGACUGCCGCCCCACUGCAGCCAUCCCGUGACCCACUGCUGUCCCGAUUCGGUUGUCAAACACACUUAGGUCGUCAGGCAACUACAAAUGGAUCGCAUUUACGGAGUACGGUACGGACUGACGGAGCACUCAUGCCUCUGGGGGGUCAGACUAGGCCGACCAUUCCCGUUUCGAGUGUCGACUUUCAAAUAAGGGUGAAGAAGCAUCAACGCCACAUUGCUGUGGCGGCAAGGUCUGAUGCCAAGCCACAGCUACCCGCUGCUUCGUCAGCCGAAUUGGUCGGUCUUCAGAUCGUAGCAUUUGCACGUGUUUUGACGGCGUUUCAACCACUCGACAAUUCCCUCUCGCUCUUUACCAUCUCCUCAUCCCCCAUGGCGACUGGCCAGCUGAUGAACCUAGAUGUCGUAUUACAUCAUCGUGGAUUAAGUACGAUGAGUGAGGAUAAUGUUGAUCGGGGGACGAUUCCACUCCGAGUUCGGGAUUCGGUGACAGAUCCUGCACCCGGUUCUCCGUCCAUGCCUUCUUCAAGAGCCCAUGAUAUAGACAUCGCCAAGAGUCCAGUUAUCCCGCCACUCUCCGGUACAGAUUCCCCGGGGGGCUCUUCUACGACCAACCGCGCGCAUCAUUCUGCUAGUGUCUCUUUAUCAAACGAGACUCUGGGGGCUGUGCCCAAAAACUUCGUCGCAGAUGACCUAAAUGAACAAACCGGCGAUUUGGUUAAUACGAGGGUAUCCGCGGACAUAGAGCAUUCAAGUCAACCUAAUAGUCCAACAACUAGCCGGACAUCUCCCGAUAACCACCCCAGAAAUGCCGGUGUCGCCAGCGGUAUACACCAAUCCCGAGUUUCUCCGGACUCACCGGGCGACUCGACAGGCCGCGCAGCUGCAAGGCUAUCGCGACUUGAUCACCGCAGAAACCGCUCCAGUCCCGCUUUGCAAGAUCGUCCAAGGCCCAACUUGAACCACGGGCAGCAGGCAUUUGCCUUGCCGAGGAGGUCGCGUCUCGCCGCGGAGAGACUUACGUAUGGUCAGGAGUCAGCGCAGAAUUUGAGCAAUGAACAUAAAUUUGUCCGGAGGUUCGCUGCCGCAUCCGAAGGUACAGCAUCAUGUGGGAUUCUCUUGGAGAUACAAGACGCUGAACCGGUGACAGAAUAUCAACUGAGCAGCGAGGUGCGCAUCAUCUUCAGCGGAAUAGCUAAGGUGGAGAAGAGAUGUUCGGAGUACAUUCAGGACGGCCAGAAAAUGGCCGUCAUAUCCCCGGAUAAAUGGCAUGCGAUGCUUACGGCGCACCAAAUCCUUCUACAAGAGCACCAUGAUUUUUACAUGGCUUCGCAACACCCAUCCUCAAUUCCAUCUCUCGGGCGCCGCAUAUCGGAGAAGUACGCGAUGUCGAUUCGUAUAUGGCGAUAUGGAAUCCACGCAUUUCUCGAACUUCUACGUAGUAGACUGCCCGAUUCCUUAGAGCCCAUGCUGACAUUCAUCUACUAUGCAUACUCCAUGAUGACCCUCUUUUUGGAGACCGUGCCGUCUUACGAGGAGACAUGGAUUGAAUACCUUGGAGACCUGUCGAAAUACCGCAUGGCAGUCGAUGAGUCGAAUUUGCAUGACCGCGAGAUCUGGGGCGGAGUCGCAAAAUACUGGUACAACAAAGCGGCGGACAGGAACCCCGACGUCGGCCGGAUUCAGCAUCAUCUGGCCGUUGCAGCUCGACCCGAUAUCGUCCAGCAGCUUUUCUACUUCACCAAAUCUCUUAUCAGCGUGCGCCCAUGCCAGGGGACACGAGAGAUCUUUGUAGUUUUGUUUAACCCUCUUUUGAAGGACCCACGGGUUGUUCGCUAUCCCCAGGUCAUGGCCGGCUUUGUGACCGCACACGGCUAUCUAUUCGGCCGGAAUACCUCAGAGCGUUUCUUCAGCGCAGCCGAAAAUUUUCUGUCGGGAUUAGACAAUUAUAUCCCCCGAGUUGGAGGAAUAUUCAAAAUGCAGGGGGUUUAUAUAGCUGCCUCAAACUUUGCCGCCAUGCUGGAAUACGGCAGCACCAACGCUCUCUUGUCGAAUGAAUUCCGCCUAGCAUCCACGACACAAUCAAGGCCUCUUGAGGACAUUGACUCAUCGGUUUCGAGGGACUGGACCUCCGUCAACGACCCUCAGAAGGUUGCAGACGAUUUUCUUGCGCUCGACGACCCUGAAAGUCCUUCCCGGUUAAUAUACUACGGCUCGUAUCUUGCAUUCCAGACAUUUUCCAUUUUCCUCGACCAAAUAGGCGACAAGAAUAUUUAUGCGGCUCUCCACCUCUCGUUAGCGUUUUUGUGGUGUUUGACGCGCACAUCGGGCGGCAUGAAAUAUGCCGAAUUGGUGGUUCCCUGGCGGCGGAUUGUCGCUUUUCUCAACACCAUGUUUUCGCCCUUGUUGGACAUGAGCUUGGUGGAGAAGGCCGAAUUCCCCAUCUCUGAUGAAACAAAAUGGAUACCCGAAGACUUUCUCAUCCGCGGACAUAUCUGGAGUCAGGUCUACUAUCCCCCGUCCUUUUUCGAAGGUUCCCCGACCGAGGAUGACGGACGAAACAUUGAAAUGCCAUCGCUCAAAAUAUCCCGAAUGUAUAGAUGCCUUUGGCUGGGAGUGAGGCUGGCAAAGUUCGAUCGUUGGAUGACCUAUGACUCUAUCUUACAGAAAUUCUCCGUUACCCCCUUUGCUCUGGAACUCGAGAGGCUCGCGGAAGCACAGUGCCCCUUUCACAUCAGUACACCGCAGGAAGUUUCUAGUGCUGAUGUGGAAAUGCGUGGCUCUUGA